UUUUUGAAGGUUUGACCGGAAGUAGCACUAUUUUGUUCUGCCUUGACGCUGAUUUAGAGAAGUUGUAUUUACUGGUUGUGACCACUAGAGGGCGACAACUCAAACUCGAACGGCGGUAUUUUGACGUAAACAUGAUAUUUAACCUAGCCUAGCCAAGCUAAGUUACAGGCCAUAUCUAAUUUUUCCUAGUGUAUCGCUAACGGUGCUUACACUGUCAGAGAGACUGGCUACACCUGACAUUACCUGUUUGAUGUCAAAUAAAAGUUAUCUGUCACUGCUUGGGGACAAACUUGCAAAGCAGGUGCUAGCUACCACAGGCCGCUUCGUUAGUCAUGAAGACACUCACCUGGAGGCCAUCACUGCCAAGUGGAUACAUAGCUGGAGAUGGACUAAACAUCUGUCUCAAAGUUCCCAUGAUUUCAGAGACUAUGAGAUGGUCUGGACCGAUGGAACUGGACCUCUCCCUGUUUCAGAGUGUGUCAUGUCACCAUAAGAGUGAAAGUGCAGACCGUGUGUGUUGGGAGCUGACAGCCAUGGCGGAUACAGGUGUCAAAAAGGAGCACGCAGCCCUGGAGGAAGUGGCCUACGAUGACGAGGAGGUGGCUCUGGUGAGCGCUGCCACCGAGCCCGCUGUAGAGGACGAUGACCCUGCCGAGGAGGUGGACCUGGUGCUGGCCACCGGCCCCGGAGGCAAGAGCGAAGCGCAGAUGAACGGGGUCAUGGUUCUGUCUCUGCUAGACAAGAUCAUCGGGGUGGUGGACCAGAUCCAGCAGACCCAGAACGGGCUCGAGGCCCGGCAGGAGGCCAUGGAGAAGUCAGUGUCGAGCAUCCAAGGGGAGCUGACGAAAUUGUCUAAGAACCACGUCGGCACGACCAACACGGUCAACAAAAUGCUGGACAAGGUACGGAAGGUCAGCGUCAACGUCAAGACGGUGCGCAGCAACCUGGAGAAGCAGGCGGGCCAGAUCAAGAAGCUGGAGAGCAACGAGAACGAGCUGCUCAAGAGACGCAACUUCAAAGUCCUCAUCUACCAGGAUCAAGUGAAGCCACUGAAGACAUCCAAAAGCAAGACAGCAGAGACAGCUGUUGAAGGUAAAGCCGUGGAGGGACUGGAGCAGAUACGUGAGGAGGGACAAGAGGGAGUCCCAGACAAUCUCAACUCGGAUGAAGAAGUGGAGAUUGAAGAGAUUAUCGAGGAGUCUCGUACCAAGCGUCUUCAACGCACCACCAAGCAGCAAGUGGACAACAUAAAGAAAGCCUUCUCCAAAGAGAAAAUGGAGAAGACGAAGCUAAAGACCAAGGAGAACUUGGAGAAAACCAAGCAGAGAACCCGUGAGAACCUGGAGAAGACGAGACAGAGAACCCGUGACAACCUGGAGAAAACCAAGCACAGCCUGGAGAAGAAGAUUGGCAAGCUCGGGACCCGCAUGACCCCCACCCAGGAGCGCCGGGCAAAGAUGAAGAGCUCAAAAGACAAGGUGAAGAAGUCCCUCACCCCUGACCACACGGUCUACGCUCGGUCCAAGACCACUGUGUACCGCGUGCCUCCCUUUACCUUCCAUGUUAAGAAGAUCCGAGAAGGGGAGGAGGAGGUGUUGGAGAACACAGAGAUGGUGGAGGUGGCCGAGGCCGAGGACCAGCCAGGGGGAGAGGAGAACGGGUUGGGUGUGCACGUGGAGGUGGAGGAAGGGGAGCUGGUGAGUGUAGACAGCCCAGAGAUGGAGGCUCUGUUGGAGGUGACUGAGGACUCUCAGCUGGUCAGCCUGGAGCCAGAUCACCUAAAGAAGGCCCAAAGUGAAUAGGGCAUCCCAGCGAGAUAAAAGGAAAAAGAGGGGAACCGAGUCUUGAUGAAUGAGUCUAAUCACAAGGACACAAUAUUAGUCGUAGGAACUUUCUAGACGUGAUCACAAUCUAUGACAUCUCAUUUGUUUUCUGAUCUCUUUAUAUUGUACCCAUCAGGUGUGACUUUCAUAUUCGCUCCUCUUUAGCAUAUAAAUAAGAAAAAUAAAAGAAAAACAAAGCUAGCUUUUGAAAGAUGGUGCAGGUUGACGGGUUAUCUUAAACCUGUAUGUUUGUUGUAUUUUCUGUUUGUUGUUGGUUUCAUAAAUAGAUAUAUAAGGCUAUAAGAAAAAAGAUAUACAUAGUCUUUGCUAUUGAGAUGUGUAAUAUAAUAUUUGCCAUGUAUGAUAUGCACCUUAAGAGGUAUGGUAACAGGAAGUUGUCGGCAGGAUUUAUGUUUUAAUGGAUGGUUUCAAUGAUGUUAUGAGCACUUGCUGAACAAAAAAUAAACAAUUAAGCGAGGUUCAGGCCUACAGAAGGAAUACAGAAUGGAAGAGACAGGUGGAGCGGUAAUCCUUGAUUUAAAGAACAUGCAAGAACAUGUUAAAAGCAUCAGUGAAUAAAUCUUAUAUGCUACCAAUGUUACAAUAUAAUGUUUCUCAAUGUAUAUUACAGUGCUAAUGACUAAAAAUUUGGCUUAACCUCUGCUGAAGUACUUAAAAUACAUUAAAACACUCAUAGAUUAAACUAUUGGAUUAUUUAAACACUUACAGAUGGCACUAUAUGAAAGUUAAACCUAUGAAAAAAAAAGUUAAGAUCUAAUGUGUAAUGUUGAAAAACAGAUCAAUAUCCUGUGUAGACAUCAUAAGAAGAUUGUGAGAAAGGGAUUAUGAAGACCUGCUGAUAGCAGUGAAAUUUAGAAUAUUACUUUUGCUCAGGUGUAAAUUUACAAGACAUUCAUAUAAACACCAUAAAAUCUAUAUUUAUUGCAUCUGGACAUGAUGUAUUUUCGCAGACUUCCACAUAGCACACCUCGCACAGAGGAGAAGAAGAACGACUUUGUCACCAUGGUCACAGCUCAUCACAGUACAUUUGCACAUCCCUAUUACAUUUUCCCAGGGUAAUUGCAGGCAGAAUAAUGAUGGUCUGACGAAGAAAAUGACAGUUUAAUGAUUCAAUACGCAACACGUGGAGAUGCAAAUAUCAUCCUAACUGCAGUCUAAGUGAGACGGCACACUGCCAAGUUUCAGAAAUGGCCAUGAAGUUUGAUGAAUGUCAGAACUGCGGAACAGCAUGCUGUAUUCCAGAAAUAGUUUUAGCAGAAACUGAGUACAAUCUUGUGUAGUUCCUCACUGAAGCCAUCCAACCAUUAUUAAUACAUGAGGUUAUCUUUGCAUAUUAGAGAAGAUGACAUGCAGGAUUUAGAAGACUUCAUGACAAUUGGAUUGUAGUUAUCUGAGCCUGAUGUAAAAUGGCAGUAGCAAUGUUCAGUCAUCGUUUUAAUCGUGUAAAAUGAGCACACAGGGCUGCAGACAUGAUAGGAAGAGGGAGCUCCUAGUGACCUCCCUGGAGACUGUGUGAUCUUGAUGUGGUGCAGGCACGCAGAAGCCCACUGCGUAGCAUGAAACACCAUUAAGAUAAUCAAUGGGCUGGGGAAUGCAAUUAAGGAGAGUGCUCCCUGCGAGCACUGAGCAGGGUAGAGAAAAGCAAGAGGGACAGAGAACAUUGGUGUGUGAACACAAGUGUGUUUGUGUGAAUGUUCGUGUGUGAUUGUGAAAAGUAAGUAUGUGCAUACCAUAUAUCCACACUUACAUUUUGCUGUAACUCCAAGUUAUUGUUUCACAAAAGAGCAAAUGAAUCAAAUACACGCUUGCAAAAUCACUUAGGCUUAUGACUAUUAUAGUAGCAUCUUUUUUUUUUAUAGAUCUUUUGUCAAAAAUGUCCUCAUUGUCCAGCACAUUGAACACUGGAACACUUGUAAGAUAUUGAUCCCUUUAAAAAAAAAGAUGUGUGUGUUUGCAAUCAUGUAUAUUUUGCCUUGUUUUGAGCUACUGGCUAUUAAAAAAAAGAACAGAACAAGCCUGCAAUAAGCGUGAGGUAGGUCAUGCACAGCCUACAUUGAGACAUUGUUGAGAAUAAUGAUCAGUUACACAAUUGUGACACAUUUGUUCUUGGUGUUAUUGAUUAAUAUACAAAUAAUGAGCUAACAAUAAGCUUACUCUUUCUGUUGUGUUUAAGGCCUCUUUUGCCUAACCACUUCAAUAUAAAUAAAAGCUUACUGAAUAAUA